AUGGCAUCCAUGACCAUCAUAAACUCAGAUCUUCUCAGGCUAUCUUCGACCAUUAUAAACACUCGCUCUUCUCUGGACCAUUAUAAGCUCAAUCUUCUCCACGAAGAAACCUCAUAAUUGUUAGUUAUUCACCUGGAAAUCAGCCUUCUGAAACCUCAAGCAAUGAGGAAUCUGAAAAACGCAGCAAUGGCCUUCCUCAUUCCGCUCCCUUCCAUCGUCUUCUACCUCUUUUUCCUCCGCCAGAACGGACGCUCCCCGUCCUCCUCCAUCGUGGCCGCUUCCCACCCACUCCUGCUCUCCAACCUCAUCUUCUUCGUCAAUGUCGACGUCCUCUUCUAUGUCAUCGCCCUUCUUCAGUCCAAUCACUGGAUGAUUGACCUGUACUGGACCAUAAUUCCAGUCAUGCUAAUUCAUUUCUACGCCAGCCACCCUCUGGCGCGUGCGAAUGCAGUACGAUCAAUGGUGGCGAUUGUUCUUACCUAUAUUUGGAGCAUACGGCUCACCCAUAGCUAUUUUAGGAGGGAGAAAUGGGAGUGGGGAACUAGGGAGGAUUGGAGGUUUAAUGAGAUGAGAAAGGAGUAUGGGAAACAUUGGUGGUGGGUUUCUUUCUUUGCUGUGUAUGUGUCUCAGCAGAUCUUUCUGAUUGGGAUUUGCCUGCCGCUAUAUGCAAUUCACUCCAGCACUAAGCCAUGGGGAUUUUGGGACUUCAUAGCCACCUCUACAUGCAUUAGUGGAAUUGUGAUUGCCUUCUUUGCUGACACACAGCUCUACAAUUUCAUGCAAAGAAACGAAGUUUUAAGAGCUGACGGCUCCCCAACGGUUCCUAACCUGAACAAUGGCUUGUGGUACUAUUCUCGUCAUCCAAAUUACUUUGGUGAGCAGUUGUGGUGGUGGGGCUUAUUUGGAUUUGCUUGGAAUGUUGGAGAAGGAUGGAUGUUUGUAGGGCCAUUUGUCAAUAGUCUUUGCUUGGUUUAUGUCACAGUUCUCGUUGAACGACGAAUGCUGAAGAGAGAAGACAGAGCCGAAGCCUACCAAGUUUAUCAGAAAAGGACUUCUGUAUGGAUCCCUUGGUUUAAGUUUGGCAUUGAAGAACAUAAAUUGAAGAAAGGUUGAUGUUAAUAAUCAUUAAAUCCUAUUAGCAGUCCUUUCCCUUAAGUGUUUGCAAGUUUAUCAUUGUUUUUUUAUUGUUCUUGUAAUAUGGUUCCUGCUUUCCUGACUAGCAGAUAUUCUGUGUUGCUGCCAUAUUUUUUCAGUGGGAUUUUGUAGUUUGGUUUUCA